CGUGUGGGACUGUGGCUAUCUACUCUCCAGACUCCAACCCUUUUACAACUCUUUCUACAUCUUCUUAACCGUUCCUUUGCUCUGCCAAUCUUCUUCACCUUUCGACAUCUAGACUGAUCUGGCAAUUCCUUCACUUAUCUACGAUGCCGAUGACUCCUGAAUUCAUCCUAGGGGAUGAAAAGCAUUGGAGAAGUAAGAAAAGCACAAAAGAUGAUUAUCCUUCCAAAUGUGGUGUGUGUUGAUGCCUUAGGAUUGCAGCUCAAGGAUGAUAAACUCCAUUUGACUACAUAAGCUCAGGUUCAACUUGGCCAAAUGUUAUCUGAAGCAUAUCUUACCCAUUUUGCACAGAACAUUUCCUCUUCUGCUGAUCUUUGAGUCGUGGAGUGUUUCAUUAGGGCAUUUCGUAACUCUAACUCUUCGCUUCUAUUUAACGUCUACCCACCUCUCUAUUGGAAAUAUCAGACUAACACAGCAUACACUCCUUGGCCGUCUUAGGAUUUCCAUGAACAAAUUACGCCAUAUAGCUUGAAAAAACUCAAAUUAUCUCACUCCCACCCAUGCUUCUCCUUCGCCCUCCUCCUUGAUCAGACGUUCCCGCUUGAAUAAGGAUGUAUCCUGUGAUUCCUGUCUCUGAAUCUCUUUCUAGCUACUCUGACUGAAGAGUACAUUUAGUAGCCGGCCUCAAACUCUCCAGUUUGUGAACUUCAUGCCUUCGUUUGCUUGGAAAAUCUGCCGGAGAAUUCCCCAACAUCAUUAUGUUAUGGAGUUGCUAGAAAUGACGUACGGUGUGAGGAAUAGCAAGUUGAUUGGACAGCCGAUGAGGAGUUCACCUUAUGCAAGGUUGAUGAGGAAGAUAACGAAGUGCCUUCAUUCAGGGGAACGGUUAGGGGCAAAUGUAAUGGUCCCUUCUUCCGAAUCACUUGCGACAAGAGAUUAUUAUUCAGCAAGUCCCCAGCCAUCUUUAGCUGGAGAAGUUGAUCAUAGCCGGAUACUGGCAACAUUGAAGAGACUGAGUCUUCUUUGCACGAGAGUGGUUCUUUAAACAAUAUAUGAGAUUACGAGGUUUGUUUUCCUCUUGGUGGGAGAGGGUGGGGUCUUUGAUAACUUUCAUUUGUAAAUCUGUUUAAAAAGAUGAAAUAGCCAAUUAAGAAAGAUGAGAUGAAAAAGAAAUAUAAAACUACAAUGAAACCAAACAGGUAUUAAAAAACAAUUUCCCGACCUACUAGCUGAUGCUUGGUCGGUGUGUUUGUUAAAUUGGUAUUGUAAAUGCAUUCCUGAAAGCUAAGUUUUAUAGCAUGACAGUGAGAUCAUUGUUGAUAUCCUUAGUCCGUGAAUGAGUAGAAAUGGGCUUGUGAUCAUUUGCACCAACCAAGUACACUGCUUAUAGUGGUACACUUGUACUCACUAAUCACUAAUCACUAUCCUUUGUGUGCUUUUUUUUUUGAAAUAUAAUUCUUAGUUUGACUUUUUAACAAUCUAUAAUCUACUCCCUUCGUCCUUGAAUUAUCUUCCAAAUUUUGUUUUUUCGUCCUUCCCAAAAUAGUUUUCCAUGGCCUGAUGAACAAUAAAAAAGGUACUACCUCCGUCCCAUUUUAUGUGUCUUAGUUUGACUUGGCACGAUUAUUAAUGAAGUGGUUGAAAAAGUAAAAGUUGUGGUUGAGGUUUGAGUAUAAUAAAGUGAAUUGGUGUAGUACACAUAUUUCUUUUCCAAAAAGGAAAGUGGACACUUAUUUUGGGACAGCCCAAAAAGGAAAGUAGGACAGGUAAAAUUGGACGAAGGGAGUAUUAUAUUUUGACACUUUGAAUAAAUUUUUAUGAAUCUUUUUCUUUCUGAUUAAUCAAAAUGUUAUUGCUGCUGGGGAUUGUGGACUGGGGGCAAGGCUAAGUGUUGUUCAGUUUAUGUUCAAGCCUAAAGCUUAUGUGGAAGGAUGGAUGCAGGCGCAACAGACAACCUGCAGCAAGGGAAAGAGCAGGCUGUCAGCCUGUCAGGCUACCCGUGAUGGAAAUGACUGGCAGCUGAAUUUUUCACGUACUGAAUUAUGUAAUAUUUUUCACCAAAUACGUAAUAUUUGAUUUCACGCACUGAAUUAUGUAAUAAUAAGAAAAAAUAUGGUAAGAGUUGCUUUUCUGGUUGUAUUGACUAAAGUUAAUCUAGAUGAUCAUUUUAGCUAUUUUUCAUAUAAUUUUUUAUUUAUUUUAUUAAUAAAAUAUAUUUUAAAUAUAAUUUUUCA